UCAAACGUUGACAUCCGUUGUGUCAUAAUCCUGCAAAUCAUUCGUUCCUCAAAACCAUUAUUUUUGUGAAGUCAAAAAAGGUAGAGCUGAAUUACAAAUUAUUGAACUAGUGAUCGUUUAAUUCCCGAAAUAUCAUCCAGUUAACACUAGGAAGACCAAAUCUUUGAGCUCGCUAACCUAAAAACACGCGUGCUACAAGAGGGUCCGAAAACGUUUCCGUUCCAACACAACUCAAAGAUUUGUUGUGACCAACAUCGAAACGGGUUAACCAGGAUGCCGGAGACGAGUCGAUUCGAUUGUCAGGAUUGUCAGGAGCCCAACAACAUCGACGAUAUGGUGCAGUGCGAAGGAUGCGGCAAGUGGUCACAUUAUGGAUGUGUGGGUUUCGACGACGGGCAGAAGGAGGAAAACUGGAAGUGCUCCAGAUGUGUAACCAAAUCCACUUCCGACGGCGCCGUAGGAGAUCCGAGCGUGCAAACCAAUGUGGGAAACCAACAAUUAAGCAGGUCCACAGUUGGAUCGGGGGCGAUCGGGGAGCUCGCCCGGCUUAAUCUCGAACUGUUGGAGGAGCGAAAGGCAUUCCUACUAAAGGAAAUUGAAUUGGAGCAGGCUGCUGAACUUGAACGUCGGAAGUUGCAGUUGGAAAAAGAAGCGUGGAAGGCUCGCUACGAAAUCCUGAACGGAAGGUGUGAAACAACCGGCGAUGAAGCGGCAACCGGUGGUCUUGGAGACUGGGUAAAUCGACUGAACCAGGUCGCUGUCAGCCAGAAUCAGCUAAUUUCUGCGCCGGCGAGUACAGUGACGGUUCCAAUCAUAAAUUCCGGAACGAGACUGCAGCAUACCGCUGCUGGAGGAGUAGUUCCCACCCCGUUGACUUCGUUGCUACCAGCUGUUGAGUCGUUUUUCAGCGGCGAACCAGUUCCAGUUUCUCAACCCUCUUCGACUAUGGCGGCACAGGCGAAUUUGCGACAAUUGUACCCGCCGACGAGUGCAUAUGCAGUGGGGCAGGCAACGAGUUUUAUGCGUGAUUUCCAACCUGGAGGAGGAGCAAAUCGUCCGGAAUCAUCGACGCCGGUCACGACAGCCAAUUGGGUCGAUCCAGUGACGGGACUUACUAGCUCCACCCAGUGUCUUCCGCCAACCAUCAGCUCGGAAAUCACCCGAUGGGAAGCGUAA